CGAUCAGCCGGAGGCGUUUUUUAGUCCAAGUUGCGAGAUCGAUGACAGUGCUUAGGGCAAUAAACAAACACGGGCGACACAUCAUCCGAGGCCACUUGUACGCUGCUCCGGCUCCGGCACUGCUGCGCUGGGGGCUUCUGCAGAAGCCGCAGCGAAAUUUCGUCAGGGAGGGUCGCCCCGUCGGUGCGCGGGGGCACGUGACAGCGAUACGCCCGGAGGCCAAGAUAAUCUUUGCAACGUUCUUGGUCUCGGUUUCGGGGAGUUUUAUAUGGCCGCGAGGGUUCAAUUAUUAUGGAGUUCAUUCAUCUUCUCUCUCUCUGAUGUGCUGUUAAGCUGUUAAGCUGCGAAGCUAAAAAGCGGUGCUCGUCUGCCGCCCUGGAGGCUGGUCAAGCACGCUUCCGAAUUAAAAGCGCUCUGGCCCGCCUGCUCUCUCCUCCACGGCCGGCCGCGUCCCCCCCCCCCCCCCCCCCCCCCCCCCCCCGCAUUUCUUGAUUUCUUCUUCCACCGGGAACAAUGUCUCCGGCGCCGACCUCGCAUCAGUCGCAGAUCAAUUCGAGGAAGGAGAAGCGCAUGAGGAAGGUGGACACCUUCGCGCCGCACAACGACGGCCACCAAUGGAGGAAGUACGGCGAGAAGAAGAUCAACAACACCAACUUCCCCAGAUACUACUACAGAUGCACCUACAAGGACAACAUGAACUGCCCGGCCACGAAGCAGGUGCAGCAGAAGGACCACAGCGACCCGCCAUUGUACGCGGUCACCUACUACAACGAGCACUCGUGCAACAGCGCCUUUCUCCCGCUCUCCCCCUCCGAGUUCCAGCUUCAGACCUCGUCGGGGAAGGCCGUCUCCAUCUGCUUCGACUCCUCGUCCGGGCCGGCCGCGCAAGAACCGCCGUCCGUCGCCGCAGCCUCCGCCGCGGCGGCCACCAAUGCCAGCGGCGGCUCGCCCUCCUCCAGCGCCGCGCCGCGGCGAGGCACGCCGCCGGAGAUCAGCAACCAGCCCGUGCUGCGGCGGUCGGAGACGUACCCGUGGGGCGCGGGCGCCGUGGAGCAGAAGCCGGCGUCCUGCAGCACCGAGUGCCACGACGCGUUCCCGGGUGGCGCCGGCGCGGUGCCGGAAGAGGUGGUAGAUGCAGGCAGAUUUGGGUCUAUCAGGUUCUUCCACUUUUUGUAAAUUGAUCGGUGGAAGGCAAUUGAUUUUACUUCAUCAAGAAACUAAUAUGAUACAGAUGUCUUUUUUCUUUUUGUUCCUUUAUUACGUGCGGAAGAGUACUAGAGAUUCGCAUGUUACUUUUGUUCUCUUGGUUCAAGAAUCGAAAUGCCACUGCUAAUUUAAAUCCAGUUCAUCUC